GUCCUCAUGCCAGUCCAGACCUGCUUCAUUCCAUCGUGCUGCAGCUUUUGUUCCAGUUUGUGCCUGAAGGCUCUUUUUCCCUCCUCAGUCUUAACCUUUAGUUUUCUUUGUCGUGCUUCAUGCUUCCUCUCUGUCGCCCUCUCUGAAAGUUUAUUUCUUCUGGUUUCGCAGGGCUUUCAGUUCCCUGGUAACACAAGGUUUAUUGUCAGGGAUGCACCGAAUUUCUCUGCAUUUUCGGACCGCCUACCUGUACCAUGGACUUUGUUGUUUUUUAUCUUAAAGUAACUCUUUGCCCCGUCCUUAAAGAGCACCUGAUUUUUUAACAGCUAGCUACACAGAGCCCUAACUCAGUGUAGCACUCCCUGAUGUUUCCAGUGACAGUGUCAGACCAUCAACAUCCUGCAGAGAACAUCCCAGUCUGUUGACUCUGCACAUCACUGCAGAGAAUCCUUCACUUCCUGGGACCAGCAUUUCACAGAGUCUGAGGCAGUGUGAUGGACUGUACUUCAUGUGGUGCUUCACGUGCUGCAGCACAGAAUGAAGUAACCCUCCCUGUCAGCUCGCUCUGGACCGUCUCACUGCAUUUACCUCGAGCACAGCGACAGAACCCAGCAGAACUCACAACAAGCCAGGGACAGACAUUGAAAGCCUUUUCCUGACGAUGCUGGACAUGGAUCACACAUUGAUGGUGGUCUUGAUUUUGCUCUGGAGCUCAGGUCUCUGUGCACAAGAAAGCCACAACCACAAUGAACUUGUCAGGUUGGUGGGAGGAUCCAGUCGUUGUACUGGAGCACUGGAGAUGAAACAUAGGGAUGACUGGAGGCCAGUGUAUGGCCAUCAUUGGAGCCUGAGGGAUGCAGCUGUAUUCUGCAAAGAGCUGGAUUGUGGCUCUGCUGUUUCCCUACGACAGAGAGAGGAGUCCUCAGCCAGACCUGUGUGGAUGAUGACAUCUGGCUGUCUUCACUCUAGAUAUGCUCUGAGGGGCUGUGCAAUGUCAUAUUCCACUUCCUAUAUCUUGGAGGUCACCUGUUCAGACUCUGUCAGGCUGGUGAAUGGGACCAGUCUGUGUUCAGGCAGACUGGAGGUGAAGUCUAACCAGUCUAACCAGUCUAACCAGAGGUGGUCCUCAGUGUGUGAAGCUGACUUUGACCAGCAGGAUGCAGAGGUGGUCUGCAGGGAGCUUGGCUGUGGGGCUCCUUCAGUCCUCCAGGGGGCGCUCUAUGGAGAAGUGGAGGCUCCAAUGUGGACCAAAGAGUUCCAGUGUGGAGGCCAUGAGUCUGCUCUCCUGGACUGUAGAAGCUCAGGCUCAGAUAGAAACACCUGCUCACCUGGCAAAGCUGUUGGACUCACCUGCUCAGAGCCUGUCAGGUUGGUGGGAGGAUCCAGUCGCUGUGCAGGAACACUGGAGGUGAAACAGGGAGAGUGGAGACCAGUAUAUGACUUGAACUCUCUGUGGACCCUGAAGGAAGCAGCUCUAACGUGUACAGAGUUGGACUGUGGCUCUGUUGUUUCUGUAAGACAGAAAGAAGAGUCCUCAGAUGAACUUGUAUGGGUAAUGACAGCUGGCUGUGUUCCCUCUGCACCUUUUUUAAAAGACUGUGCAAUACCAACUUCCUCUUUCUACACCCCAAACACCCAGAUCACCUGUUCAGAAUCUGUCAGGUUGGUGGGAGGAUCCGGUCGUUGUACUGGAGCACUGGAGAUGAAACAUGGGGAUGACUGGAGGCCAGUGUACGGCCAUCAUUGGAGCCUGAGGGAUGCAGCUGUAUUCUGCAAAGAGCUGGACUGUGGCGCUGCUGUUUCCCUACGACAGAGAGAGGAGUCCUCAGCCAGACCUGUGUGGACGAUGACAUCUGGCUGUCUUCACUCUGGAUCUGCUCUGAGGGGCUGUGCAAUGUCAGAUUCCACUUCCUAUACCUUGGAGAUCACCUGUUCAGACUCCGUCAGGUUGGUGAAUGGGACCAGUUUGUGUUCAGGCAGACUGGAGGUGAAGCCUAAACAGUCUAAACAUUAUAAAGAGAGGUGGUCCUCAGUGUGUGAAGCUGACUUUGACCAGCAGGAUGCAGAGGUGGUCUGCAGGGAGCUUGGCUGUGGGGCUCCUUCAUUCCUCCAGGGGGCGCUCUAUGGAGAAGUGGAGGCUCCAGUGUGGACCAAAGAGUUCCAGUGUGGAGGCCAUGAGUCUGCUCUCCUGGACUGUAGAAGCUCAGGCUCAAAUAGAAACACCUGCUCACCUGGCAAAGCUGUUGGACUCACCUGCUCAGAGCCUGUCAGGUUGGUGGGAGGAUCCAGUCGCUGUGCAGGAACACUGGAGGUGAAACACCAGACAGAGUGGCGACCGGUGGAUGGUGAUGACUGGAGCCUGAAGGAAGCAGCAGUAGUUUGUGAAGAGCUGGACUGUGGCUCUCCAAUAUCUGUGGGACAGCGAACGGAGUCUUUAGCCAGACCUGUAUGGACGAUGACGUCUGAAUGUGUUCACUCUGGAUCUGCUCUGAGGGACUGUGUAACAUCAUAUUCCUCUUACGCUGUCCAGGAGGUCACCUGCUCAGAACCUGUCAGGUUGGUGGGAGGAUCCAGUCGCUGUGCAGGAACACUGGAGGUGAAACAGCGGGAGUGGAGACCAGUGGACAAUUGGAAAUAUAUUUGGACCCUGACAGAAGCAACUACAUUUUGCAGAGAGGUGGACUGUGGCUCAGCUGUUUCCGUCAAAUGGAGAAAGGAGUCCUCACGCAGACCUGUGUGGGUAAUGUCAUCUGACUGUGUUCAAUCUGGAUCGGCUCUGGAGGACUGUGUAAGACCAGAUUUCUCUUCCUACAUCCUGGAGAUCACCUGCUCAGACUCUGUCAGGCUGGUGGAUGGGACCAGUCUGUGUUCAGGCAGACUGGAGGUGAAGUCUAACCAGUCUAACCAGUCUAACCAGAGGUGGUCCUCAGUGUGUGAAGCUGACUUUGACCAGCAGGAUGCAGAGGUGGUCUGCAGGGAGCUUGGCUGUGGGGCUCCUUCAGUCCUCCAGGGGGCGCUCUAUGGAGAAGUGGAGGCUCCAAUGUGGACCAAAGAGUUCCAGUGUGGAGGCCAUGAGUCUGCUCUCCUGGACUGUAGAAGCUCAGGCUCAGAUAGAAACACCUGCUCACCUGGCAAAGCUGUUGGACUCACCUGCUCAGAGCCUGUCAGGUUGGUGGGAGGAUCCAGUCGCUGUGCAGGAACACUGGAGGUGAAACACCAGAACGAGUGGAGACCAGUAUAUGGUGAUCACUGGACCCUAAAGGGAGCAAUUGCAGUCUGUAGAGAACUGGACUGUGGCUCUGCUGUUUCAGUACAAGAGAAAGAGACUUCACUCAGACUCUAUGUGUGGCGUGUCAGUGAAUACUGUGUUAAGUCCGUAUAUGUCCUGAAGGACUGUGUAAGACCUGGUGUCUCCUCUAACAUCCUAGAGAUCACCUGCUCAGACUCUGUCAGGCUGGUGAAUGGGACCAGUCUGUGUUCAGGCAGACUGGAGGUGAAGUCUAACCAGUCUAACCAGUCUAACCAGAGGUGGUCCUCAGUGUGUGAAGCUGACUUUGACCAGCAGGAUGCAGAGGUGGUCUGCAGGGAGCUUGGCUGUGGGGCUCCUUCAGUCCUCCAGGGGGUGCUCUAUGGAGAAGUGGAGGCUCCAGUGUGGACCAAAGAGUUCCAGUGUGGAGGCCAUGAGUCUGCUCUCCUGGACUGUAGAAGCUCAGGCUCAGAUAGAAACACCUGCUCACCUGGCAAAGCUGUUGGACUCAUCUGCUCAGAGCCUGUCAGGUUGGUGGGAGGAUCCAGUCGCUGUGCAGGAACACUGGAGAUGAAACACCAGAAUGAGUGGAGACCAGUAUAUGAUACGUAUAAGGAGUGGACCCUGAGGGAAGCAGCUUUAUUCUGCAGAGAACUGAACUGUGGCUCAGCUGUUUCUAUGGGACGGAGAAAUGAGUCCUCAGGCAGACUUGUAUGGAUGAUGAACUCUGGAUGUGUUGGCUCUGGAUAUGCUCUGAGGGACUGUGUAAUACCACAGUUCAGUUUCUAUUUUGGGGUGCUCACCUGCUCAGAUGUGCUGGUUCAGCCCAACAUAUCUGUGUCCUCCAUGGACGGGGUCUCCGAGGCCCAGCAGCAGGGGCUUCAGGUGCUCAGCGGCUCCAACUUCACCAUCAGCUGCUCCAUCCAGCCACAGUUCCCAGGAGGCUCCUUCCUGCUCAGCUUCACUUCCUCCAACUCAACACACAAUUACAACUACACCCAGCCAGCUGUCAAUCACUCUGCCCACUUCCUGUUUCCUGCUGCAGAGCCCGCCCACCAAGGAAGCUACAUCUGUGUUUAUCACGUCUACGUUUUUUCUCAAAACUUCUCGUCUGAGAGCCGUCUGCUGUCUCUCACUGUGUCUGAGGAGAAUGUGACGCUGAGUCAAAGAGGCCACCAGGGGACAGACAUCUGA